CCACCGCGACCCCGGCCCCGCCUGUUGGCCCACCCCUGCCGCCUCCUCCCGCCGCCGCCGCCGCCGCUCUCGCCUCCGCUGCCUCCUCCCCCCCCGAGGUAUUGUUACGAAUAAUAACUUGACCCCUUCCUCUCUCCCCCCACCACCGAUCCCCGCCCGCUGAGACAGCUGUGCAACAGCUGGAGCCCCCCCGGCCGGGGCGAGUCGCUCCGCCGGACGCCGGAGGGAGGGGGGGGUCCCACGAUUAGCUCCUCCCCACGCCUGGGGCACCGCGGUCCCCCUGGCCCGGGGCGAGCGCGGCAGCGGCUCCGGGUGGGGCGGUAGCGGGAGCUCCCCCCGACCCCCUCCCCCCACCGGUGCCCCCUUCCUGGGCUCGGCUCGGCCGCCUUCCCCCUCCGCCGCCCGCAGGUGCACCUGGUCGGGUUGCGGCCAUGCCCCCCCGCCCUUCGCCCGGGUGGCGGUAGUCAGUAACAAGUUAAGCAAAGCCGUGGCAGCUUUUUAUACACCAGGGGAGGCCCACCCUUCCCCAACAGGGCUGUGAAAGAAACCCAAAGUUGUGACUCUGGCAGCACCCUGUGUGCCUCCAGAAGCCCCACUCCGAGUUCAUCCCACCAGCAAGACUGUGCAGCGCGGGAGCCGCUGUUGCAAAGCUACCAGAUUCAACCUCCUGGGGAGCCUUUCUGGCCAAGCUUCUUGUGGUCACUUUUCAGUUCUCUUUUGCUGCUGGACCUUGUUCCAAACUUGAUCUGCGCGAGAGGGAAGCGAAUUAGUGCAGGAGCUUGCCUGGAUGCUGAGUGCCUUAUGAUUGGGUGUGCCUGACUGCAUCAGCCUUUGGAUGUGAGCGUAUUCUCUUGAAACAGCCUUGUGAUAUUCUAGCUGCCUGUUUUCUUGGGAGGUCCCUUAGAAGAAGCUGUCCGUACGUCUGUCUCGGUGCCUGACGGGGCUGCUGUGCUUCCAGAUUUGAACCAUGUCCCACCCGUCCUGGCUGCCGCCCAAGAGUACCAACGAGCCUGUUGGUCACGUUACAGCAAGGAUGGAGACCACUCAUGCCUUUGGGACUCCCAGCAUCUCCGUGUCCACCCAACAGACGCCAAAGAAGUUUGCACCCGUUGUUGCCCCCAAACCAAAGUACAACCCAUACAAGCAACCAGGAGGUGAUGGAGACUUCCUUCCUCCACCUCCGCCUCCUGUUGAUGACCUCGGGAAUAUCACAUCACAAGGUGCCUUUCCCCCCCCACCCCCUCUGGACGACGUUGCUUUCAACGUGCAGGUGAAUCCUGGUGGCAAGACACUUGAGGAGAGGCGCUCCAGCCUGGAUGCAGAGAUCGACUCCCUCACCAGCAUCCUGGCCGAUCUAGAGAGCAGCUCUCCCUACAAACCGCGGAUCCAACAGGGCUCCGGGACCUCCAGCUCCGCUGCCACCACUCCGUCUGUGUCCACCCCCGUCACCGGCCACAAGCGGAUGAUCAUUCCCAACCAACCUCCCCUCACCGCCACCAAGAAGUCCACUGCCAAGGGGCCUGGCCAGCCGGCACCCAUCCCAGUCACGCCCAUCGGCACCCUGAAGCCUCAGCCGGUUCCGGCCUCCUACACCACAGCCUCCACACCCAGCCGCCCGACCUUCAACGUCCAGGUGAGGACGGCGCAGCCCAGCCCUCACUACCAGCCGCCUGGCCCGCAGCCCACGCACUAUGGCAGCCUGGGGCCCGGCCAGCCCUAUGCAGCCCCACCGGCCCGCCCGCCUGGUGCCCAGCAGUAUGGCUCACCACAGCACCGUGGGCCCGACUACGGUUAUGCCCCACCGCCUGCCCGUCCUUCAGAGCCCAGCUAUGGCUAUGCACCUCAGCAAAGCCGCUACCAGGACCCGUAUUACGGUGGAUAUGGAGGGAGGAAUGGCUCUGAAGCACCCUACGUGCCACAGAGCUCCUGGAAGGUUGAGCCAGCAUAUCCUAGUGGUAACACCGUGGGCCAGGCUCCUUCUGGGCUGUACCAGCCUCCUGGCACAAAGAAGACCUACAUCACGGACCCAGUGCUGGCCCCGCAGCCGCUGCAGCAAAAGAGUGGGUAUCCAAGCUCUGGACCCACAACAAGCACUCCUGCCUUCAGGCCUGAAGAUGAGCUGGAACAUCUGACGAAGAAAAUGCUGUAUGACAUGGAGAAUCCUCCCUCUGAUGACUACUUUGGCCGCUGUGCUCGCUGUGGGGAGAAUGUUGUUGGGGAAGGCACUGGCUGCACAGCCAUGGACCAGGUCUUCCACGUGGAGUGCUUCACCUGCAUGAUGUGCAAGAACAAGCUGAGGGGGCAGCCUUUCUACGCAGUAGAGAAGAAAGCCUACUGUGAACCCUGCUAUAUUAAAACACUGGAGCAAUGCAGUGUAUGUGCAAAGCCCAUCAUGGAAAGGAUCCUCCGAGCCACCGGGAAGGCCUACCAUCCCCACUGCUUCACCUGUGUCAUGUGCCAUCGCAGCCUGGAUGGGAUUCCCUUCACCGUGGAUGCUGGUGGGAACAUCCACUGCAUCGAGGAUUUCCAUAAGAAAUUUGCACCAAGAUGUUCAGUGUGUAAGGAGCCCAUCAUGCCAGCCCCAGGACAAGAGGAGACUGUACGCAUUGUCGCCCUGGAUCGUGACUUCCAUGUCCAGUGCUACCGGUGUGAGGACUGUGGCGGCCUCCUGUCUGAGGGGGACAAUCAGGGCUGUUACCCUCUGGACGGGCACAUCCUUUGCAAGACCUGCAACUCAGCUCGGAUCCAGGCUCUGACCGCCAAGGCCAGCACUGAUCUCUGAGUACCAACUGUGACCCUCCCCAGGAUGCCUGCUGGGGGAAUUGCACAAGCUUUGCAUGAUUUCUUUCCAGCCUAGGGCCUGAAUCUUUGUUUGUUUGUUUGUGUGUUUGUUUUUAAAAAAAAAAGUAAAACUGGAAGGCCUUGGAGCAAGAGGGCAGUUCUGUGGCCAUGUUCAGACUGCCAGCAACAGGCACCUAACUUAGGCGUGAGUCUUCCAAAGGGUGGCAAGUCUGACCACCAGCUGCUAAGUUAUCUGCCUGUGGAAGAAGCUCUGAACUGGUGAAAUGUGGCUGAGCUAGUUCCUUUUUCCAAGUUAUUUUGGAAAUCUGAUCAGGUAUGGGGAUCUUCUUUGAUUUUAAUGGAUCACCAGCAGAAGUAGCUCUACUGUCACAGAGGAUGUGAAGCCAGUGUGAGAGCAGAACUGGCACUCCUCAUUGCAACUCAAACAACGCAACUUUGGCAGUACUGCACCUAAGGGUGUAGAUGUGACCUUGAGCUUUUUGGGACACAGAUUUGUUGUCUAUGUAUUUCUUCUUAGGUCCUUACUUGUCUCCAUUCCCUUCCAGUUCUAUAGUUGUUGUUGUUUUUUUUUUCUUUUUCUUAUGGAAUUAUAUUUUUGCUAUUACAUGAACUUAUUCAGUAGUGAUGCUUCCAAUUCACAAUAUAUGAGCAACCACAGAAAGAUGUGAGCUUGCACACACACACACACACACACACACACACACACACAAUGUGCUUUUGAUUUACUAGAGGUAUAAGCCAAUCAUGUCUGCUGAGAAGGUCUUUCAAGGAUCUGGGUCUGAAACACUCUUUAAAAAUCCCAGUGGUUAAAUUAAAAAAAAAUAGACUACACAGAACCGCAGUGCAAAGCGAUGCUCAAAAAAAUCUUGUGCCACUCGCUGUAGUGGGACCAAUGGCUGUGCUGGCUUCUGGGUAGAUAUUUAAGCACUGGAGUCUUGUUCUGUUGUUUAUUGAAAUGGGAGGAUUUUCCUUCAGCUGUAACAGGAACUGAAGCAGGGAUAGACGUCUCUGUGAAGUUAACACGCAUGGUCUGGAGCUCCCAUUGGAAAAGGAAUCUUAUUCCAACAACGGCCAAAGAGCCGUGCAGUUGUUCAGUUUUUGUCUUAAAGCUGAAAAAGGUGUUAAACCCUUCUCUGUGCCAUCCCAAAAAGCAAAUGAUUUUCUUUUUCUUUCAUUUUCAUCCCAGCCACUUAUUACUCCUCUCUGGUGAAAUGUCAUUGCAGAAGAGUGCUGGGCCAGGAGCAGUACUUUCAUCUUCUGUCCAGAGGUAAUACAUGUGCCAAGGUAAAUAAAAAGCUGGGCAGAGAUAACCUUUCUUUUUGUCAUGUUGGUGUUCGUGGGCUUUUUUUAAUUUAUUUUUUUUUCACUUUGCUAAUUAAGAAAAUAAAUUAUAAAUUCGUGGCUCACUCUGAGCAGCUAUAAUAUUCUUGUUCAUGAAACCCAUAAUAACUAAGGUGCAAAUUACAUAGUGAGGGAGUAAUUUUCGUAUCACUGAAUUGACAUUAAUAUCUUAUUUGCAGAUGCAAUCAAAGAGAAUACCUUUCUUUGCACUUAACAAAUUAAGAAGCAGAACUGAAACAGUUGCAGGCUGAUUGACCAUAUUAGUGACAAACUGGGACUUUUCAACAGUAUUAGGAGAAUUUUUUCAUGUGCCCACUGAAAAACAAUGAAAAUGUAGUGCUUUCAUCUUCAGUCUCUAUAACAGAAACCUGAUACAAUAAUCCUAAUGCUGGAAGAAAAGAAAAAAGAAGUUAGAUGAGUUGGACUGAUAGGAAACAAAGAAAAACUGAAAUAGUCACCACAGCUCUUGCAAAUGGUGCAUUUGUUUCCAGUUUAGCACUAACCUCUAUGGAAGAGCCCUGUGAACUGUAAUAGCUUUAGCUGUAUACAGUAAAUUCAAACACAGAAAUACCAAUCUGAAACCUCUGUUCCUCACAUGGUUUGUAUGUUUGCAGACUCCUUCGGUGUCAGGGAAGAUUCCCAAAAUUCACAGCUCAAAAUGAAUCCUUCUUUGUAGAAGGGUGGCAUCAUUAAGCAAAAGCAAUCGUUCUCCACCAUAGCGGCUGUACUGAAGCCGUUUGCCUUUUAAUACUAGAUUUCUGCCCUGGCCUUCAACAAUUUUACUGCCUCAGACAUAAACAGACUUUUUUGCAGGGCAACUCCUGCCAGAUUCCAUCUGGGCUCCUGCUCCCUGAACCAUGGCACGUAAGAUUCUUCUGAGCUCGCUUUUUACAGGCAGCCCCUUCACACGGCAGUCAAAAACUCUUGCAACUAGUGAGUGAAUCCAAUUUGAAUUAACCCUACAGGAACACUGGAGUUCAGAGCUAGGGUUGCUAAUACUGCUGGUUUUACAUCUCUGCAAUCACAGGGGAGGACCUGAUGCGUCCCUGCAUACAAGAAGCCAUUCAUCAGGCAGCUCGGAACUUUGUUCUCGUUAGUGUUAAAUCAGGUGGCUGAUGAGACUCUCAUGAAUACCACUGGGGUAAGUGAUGGAAACUAGCGUAUGUAUCUGCCUGCAGAUGUGGCCUAGACUCAGGAGGACUGAAGUCCAGAGCCCUUGGGCUUUUCAUGGUCAUGGUGUAGGCUGGAAUUGGGAAAGUCUUAUGGCUUCUUGUCCUUUGUACGAGAAAGCUUCUUUGCAACUUCCCAGAGAUGCUGUGAGAAUUAAACUAGUCAAA